AUGUCAGACAAAAGCGAUUUAAAAGCAGAACUUGAGCGCAAAAAGCAGCGUUUGGCUCAGAUAAGAGAAGAAAAGAAACGGAAGGAGGAAGAAAGGAAGAAGAAAGAGGCUGAUCUACAGCAAAAGAAGGAGCCAGCUCAGGAGGAUUCUGACCUAGACCGUAAAAGAAGAGAGACAGAAGCUUUGUUACAGAGCAUCGGUAUAUCCCCAGAACCACCUCUAGUCCCAACCCCUAUGUCUCCCUCUUCGAAAUCAGUGAGCACACCCAGUGAUGCAGGCAGCCAGGACUCGGGAGAUCUGGGACCCAUAGGAAG